AUGCCGCUGUCAACUCCCCCACCCCCCCUGGCGCGCAGCGUGCUGUGCACGUGCACGUGUCACGCACGCGUCGCGAACCUGUGGAAACGCGUGGGCUUCCAAGACGCGCCACGAGAUCUCGAGACGCGAUGCCUUUCCACAUCACUGGGAUUCUUCAUCCCGAAGAGUGGCUCUGCCCAGAGGUUCGCGAUCAGAGUCCUGGAAAAUAGCAACAUAGCCACAAAUAUUGAGACUCUGCCAAACGAAUGCGGCUACAAGAUCGAAGAUGACGCUCGUGGGGUGGAGUUCAAGGUUAACAACGACGCUUGCUGCGUUCACACCAAGAACGGAAAGAGGACUGUGAAUAUUCAUCUUGAGGAGGCUGUGGAUGGGCAGACGACGCAAGUUUGGAGGUUCACCCUUGACUGUCCACUCAACCUGAGGUCGCUCAGAAUCGGCGAGUCUUCGGCCUGCGCGUCCACGCUCCCACACGUGCGCUGCGGUGAUGCCGCUGCUCGCUCGGACAGGGACGCGUGCUCGCGCAAAGGAUGCUGCUACGACCCCAUCCGACAGGUGUGCCUCUACGGAGAGGCAGCGUGCACCACGGAUGGCCGAUUUGUCAUCACCGUUUCCCGAAAUCUUACUUGGCCGCCGCUGAACCUGAGCACCGUGCACCUGAGCGGCGAUCUGCUGGGCUGUGGACCCGUGGUGCUGUCUCCAGACCACGUGGUCUUUGACUUUUCCGUGAACUCCUGUGGCGUGACGACGAGGUGGAACGAGGUGGAGCUUGUGUACGGAGCUCUGGUGACCGCAGAGCAUGAACUCUGCGUCGACGGGGACGUCGCGAUCACCAAAUCUUCAACCUUCAAGCUGCUGCUGGAGUGCAGAUUGCUUCGGACGGACGAUCGAGCAUUUCUAGGUGUCCAAGUCAACACGUACCCACCUCCGCUGCCCGCCACCGCAAUUGGAACUCUCUUCAUAGAGCUGCGAGUAGCCACUGACGGAGGUUACCUGGACUACUACUCGCAGUUCCCGGUCGUGAAGUUUUUGAGGGACCCCAUCUUCCUGGAGGUUCGGCUCCUGGACCACCCGGACCCGAGCCUCGUGCUGGUGCUGCAGGACUGCUGGGCCACGCCGACACUGGACCCCCUCAACAGCGUCCAGUGGAGGGUGCUGGACAACCACUGCCCUUUCACAGGCGACAACUUCCCGACGGUGCUGCACCCCAUGACGGAGUUCCCGGACGUGCCGCUUGCCACGCACCGCAAGCGCUUGGAGGUGAAGACGUUCGCCUUCGCCGUACCGCAAGGAAACGUUUUGCCCAACGGACAGGCGAACCUCUACUUCCACUGCCGUGCGUACGUGUGCCAAGGCGACGAUCGCUCCUGCGUCCCCGCCUGUCCUCUCUCAAGGUUGAAGAGACAAGUGCGUGAAGUCGUCCAGCGUGACCACUCGCUGGCCACGUCGAAAGGCGCCGUCCUGCUGCUGGAGAAGAAGCCAACCACCGGAGCUUCCACGCUGAGCAACUUGCUGAACUGUGACGGGCUGGGCUGUGCGGCGUUGGCGCUCUGUGGCCUGACUCUGCUCGCCAUCCUCUGCUGCACGCUGUUCGUCCUGGGCAGAGGCUACAUCCGCCUACUGAACGCCACGCGGCACCGUGGAGCCGCGCGGCGCUCCCGAGUGGCAACUUCUACUUGCAGCUGGAGCGGUGCAAGCGGUUGCUAA